CGUGUACAGUGUGUGUGUGUAUGUGUGGAUCACUAUAUACUCUCUCUCUCUCUCCGUCUCGUUCGCGUUAUGGCUAUAUAGGAGUAUAUAGUAAUAUAGCAUCAAAGUCUCGACUCUCGGACUCUCUCGCGUAUACGGUCGCGAGCGAGCGCGCGCGCGAAGCUAUAUUGCAGUGCUUCCUCGUGCCUCGGAUCGGCAGUUUAAACGCGAACGCCGUGCCGCGAGCACAGCAGACAAUUACGCACGUAUAUCUCGUACAUGUAUAGAGACUCCUAGACCGAGUGCGCGAACUUCGUGAUUUUUUGUACAUUAUUAUUUAUUUUAAAUUCGUUGUGUCGCUGAUUUUUAAUUUGCCGCAAACGCGUUUAAAAACAAAAAGAAGAAGAAAAAAAGAAAUCUUUUUAGUGAAUAUUAUUAUCGUUUACACACACCUGGAGGAGGAAGCUGAGAUUUCUCUCGUUUUCGCUCUUGGCUUCUCUGUUUUUAAGAAAAUAAAAAAUAAAUAAAUAAAUAAAGUCGUCAUGGAUCUGACCGGUGAAGCCUGACAGCCUAGUGUCUUCUACAUAGUCUACUUGCAGCCUACGUGACUCUGCACGCGGGGUGUAAACAACUCGAAGGAAGGAUUACACUGUGUGUGUUUACGAGCUUUACAACUGUGACAUUUUCCUGAAGAGAACAACAAGAAAAAUAAGGCGAGCUAGAUAGACAAAACAAGCGAUAUAUAAAGGAAGCGGAAACAACGACAGACGAUAUCAACGCGACCAGGAUGACGACGACGAGCUGCGCCACUAAUCCGUCCUGCUGCUCGUCGCUGUCGUGCUGUCAGACGGCGAGCACGAGCAGCCAAGACGACGUGCACGAGGUCACGGAGACGGCCAUGUCGCCGGCCACAGCCACAGCCAGCAACGGAGGAGUCGCUGGCGGAGCCGUGGCGGUCGAGAUCGGCAACAUCAACAAUCCCAACGGGCCGCUGCUGCAGCAGGCCAACAACAAUUACUACAUAAUGCGGGAGAAGCACCAGUUCCCGAAGAGGCCCGAGAUCGAUCUGCAGUUUCGCAACAUCGGCUACAGGGUGAAGAGCUGGAGCAUGAAGAGUCUGAGGCCAGAAACCAAGGAGAUCCUUCACGGAGUCAGCGGCGAAUUUCGCGCCGGCGAACUGACGGCCAUCAUGGGACCGUCGGGCGCCGGAAAAUCGACUCUCCUCAACGUGCUCGCUGGUUUUACAGUCCAGGGCAUGAGCGGCGAGGUGCUGAUAAACGGCAAGCUGCGCUCGCCGCACAGCGAGAGAUUUCGCCGCACCUCGUGCUACAUACAGCAGUACUCGAUCCAGCGCACCCGUCUCAGCGUCGGCGAGGCCAUGACGAUCGCCGCCCAUCUCAAGCUCGGCUGCAGCAUGAGCUCGGCUUUCAAGCACGCACAGGUGCUGGAGCUGCUGGAGAUUUUAGGAUUAAGCCACUGCUACGACACGCUCUGCGGCAAGCUGUCGGGCGGACAGAAGAAGCGCCUCGACGUGGCCCUCGAGCUGCUCAGCAAUCCCUCAGUAUUAUUCCUCGACGAGCCGACGACAGGCCUGGACUCGGCGUCGUGCAGCCAAUGCAUCUCGCUGCUGCAGCGACUGGCCAAGACCGAGAAGCGCACCGUCAUCUGCACGAUCCAUCAGCCCUCGGCCCUGCAGUUCGAGAUGUUCGACUCGCUCUACGCGCUGGCCGACGGCCACUGCAUCUAUCGCGGCGCCAUACCCGAUCUCGUGCCGCAUCUCGCCUCGCUGGGACUGCACUGUCCGCCCUAUCACAAUCCGGCCGAUUUUCUGCUGGAGGUCGCGAUCGGCGAAUACGGCAUCACGACGGACAAGCUGAUGCGCGCCGUGGAGAGCAACGAGGAGCAGCGCAGAAUGAUCGCCCCGGCGCCCAAACCCACCCUGCCGGACGACGACGAUAACAGUGGCAAAAAAUCAUCGUCGUGCAAGAGUGAUGACAAUAUCGCCGUCGAUGCCGACAACGAUAAAGACGAGAAGAAGACGGAGGCGGAGGCGGUGGUGGUCGAGCAGCCGCCCACGCCUGCAGGCUUUCUCGCCCAGUGCUAUCUGCUCUACAAGCGUCAGCUGCUCAGCCUCAAGCGCGACUACUUCCUCCUCGUCGUACGACUGCUCUGCCAUCUGCUGAUCGGCAUGCUGUUCGGCUAUCUCUACAUGGGCAGCGGCUAUCGCGCCAACGGCGUCCUCGCCAAUUACGUCUAUCUCUACGGCUCGCUGCUGCUCAUCGUCUACACGGGCAAGAUGGCCGUCACGCUCGCCUUUCCGCUGGAAAUGCAGAUACUGUCGCGCGAGCACUUCAAUCGCUGGUACCGGCUCGGCCCCUAUUACCUGUCGAUGCUGCUGAUCGAGGUACCGUUCCAGGCGGCCUGCGCCACCACCUAUCUCGCGGUCAGCUACUGGCUGACCGGCCAACCGAUGGAGCUCGAGCGCAUACUCAUGUUUCUCAUUGUCAGCAUCGCGGCGAGCCUCUGCGCCCAGGCCUGGGGAUUCUUCAUCGGCGCGACCACUCCGGUCAAGAUCGCCGUAUUCACCGGUCCCAUCCUCGCCGUGCUCUUCUCCGUGUUCGGCUUCUGCAUACGCUACGGCGACACGCCCAAGCCCUUCCGCUGGCUCUUCUAUAUCUCGUACUUCCGGGCCAGCUUUCACAGCCUCCUCAUCACCGUGUACGGCAACAAUCGCAGCCAUCUCUACUGCGAGCAGGCCGACGACGACAUCAGCUACUGCCACUACAUGCAGCCGACCCAGUUCCUCAAGGAGAUGGAGAUCGUCCAGACGAGCGUCGUCAACAACAUCGUGCUGAUCGUGGGCAUCGGCGUGCUCAUGCAUCUGCUCACGGCGUCGGCCCUCUGGUGCAAGCUCAAUCGACGGUAGACAGUGGGCGAGAGAGAGAGAGAUGUUGAUGAUGAAUGUUUGCGUGAUUUUUUUUGUGCGCGUGUGCGAAUGUGUGUGCGUCGGAACGACGAACUUGUACAAUAGUUGUGUAAAUAUAUUUUUAUAUAAUGAUAUUAUAUAUUUAAAAAAACAAACAUGUUUCUGUUCUACUAGAUGUUGCAAUUGAUGAAUUUAGUUAAAGAAAAAAAAAUUUUUUUCUAAGGGUAUAAAGCGUAUUUUAUAAUAAUUGUAUUUUCUUCCAUGAUGUCGUUGUGAUGAUUGUGUGCUGUUUCGUGAAUCGCAAAAUGUCUUUCAAUGUUUUGUUAAAUGCUCCUCCAUGCGCGAGACGUUUUAGCCGCGACUUAACUGUCUCCUGUUUAUUUUUCAUUGCGAUGGCAGUAUCUCAGUAUUUUAUAAGUGAAUUUUUUUUUAAAGACGACUUUUGCCUUCCGAUGAAACGAAAAAAGAAACGAGAGAGAAAGAAACGAUCU